UAAUGCGCCGGCCAUGUUUUUAACUCCACGCCUGCUUACAGAAAAUGGCCGACAUGAAUGGUGCUGUAACUUCUGGUGAAAGUGAUGGAGGAGGACUGCUGGGAGAUAUAAUCGACUUGGAAUGGACGGAUGGGGACUUUUGCCUUUUUUGCUCUUCAGUGGUUGAUGGAAAUAGUGAUACCAAACUGGAAGAAUGUUUGCAGGUGGUUUUAAGUAAUUUGACUGGCGAUGGGAGAGAUAGACUUUUCAGUCUCUUAAAAGACCUUAACAUUAAGCCUUGGACCCUCCGACCUGGCUGUGGUGUAGUCUCAUCAUUUCAAACAAAGUCCACCAACAGUGGGCAGUUGUACACAUGUCUCAUUAGUCCUCACAAGAGGCCCAACUCCACUUCCUCUCCAACUAAAGAUACUAAUAAGUCAAAAUAUCUUCUCUGCUGUCUCUCUCUGAGGGAGAAAGGCUUGGAGUCAUUCAGAGAAGAUCUAGACACUUUUACUGGAACACUGAAACCAUAUCUUAUUAAACAGAAUCCUGAUUUCUCUCCUGACUCUGAAUUGUACCAGCACAUACAGUCUUGGACAUCAACACUUUAUUAUUUGAGUAGACUUAUACCAAAAUGCCAUGAUCAGCUACCACUUCUAUUACAUGCAUCUCUUAAUAGCACAGUCAAGGUAUCUGGGGAUAACCCUGAAACAAUUCAAGAACUAAAAGAGUCUACUGGCAAUGCUGACUUAUUGCUCAAGUGUUCGCUGAGAGAAGCACAGAGUCAAAAUGAAAAGGAGAGCAAAGCAGUCUUGGAUUCUCUUGAUGAGUUUAUGCACAGAAAAAAUGAGACGGUGACAAAAAAGACAUCGGCUACUGCAACCGGCUCAACUAUAGACCUCAUAUAA